AUGGCUCCUCCCUGGUGGAGCCUCACUGCUCGACGCUUCACGGCUGCCAUGUCGGCGUCGCCCGCUGCUACGAUAGCGACAGCCGGGGCCGCCGCCGCCGCGUCGCUUGCAACAGCCUCAUAUCUCAACGCCGCCCCCGUCAUUAUUUCGGAUUAUUCCGCGUCGCGAUCCGCGGAUUCCGCUUCCGCUCGCGCCUCCUCCAUUGAAGCGCAGCACGGGAGGGUGAUGAGCCACGUGGCAUCAUGCGAGGGGGGCGCAACAGGCGCGGGAUCCGUCCCCGCGGGAUCGGGGGAGAGCGGAGGCGGCGCAACGGGGGAUAGCGGCGGGGGUAGCGGGAAGGAGGCGGUGAGAGCGAUGGGCGGAGCGGGUGGCGCGGAAGGGGAGAGCGCGCCAGGUGUAGGCGGAGCGGGGCACCAGGCGGGAUCCGCGGCGAUCUUCCCGCUAAAGCUACUACAGGUGCACGUGAUGUUCCGCCACGGCGACAGGGCGCCCAUGCCACGUGGCACGCCGUCAGAGGAGGAGGUGGCGCGGUGGGAGGCGAGGCUGCAGCCACGCCCCCCCGCGCACGUGCUGCCUCAUAGGCAGCACACACGGGGGAUAGAGUGGCCGUUCGGCCAACUCACCAGGAAAGGAGCACGGGAGGCGGAGUCACUAGGAUGCGCGUUGAGGCAGAGAUAUGCUGCUCUGCUAGGCCUCUCAGACGCACACGGCUCUGCUGCCAGUGCGGUCGCGGCUGCUGCUGCUGCUGCUGCUGCUGGCAAUGGUGGUGUGGUGGAUGCUACACAGGCUGCAGCAGUGAGUGAUGCUGCUGCUGCCCAAGGCUCCGGCACCCACAGCAGCAGCAAUGGCAGCAGCGGUAGCGACAGCGACAGCGACAAUAACAGCAGCAGCAGCAGCAGCAGCAGCAGCAGCACAGCGCCAGCAGCAUCAUCCCUGAUCAGCAUUCGCUCUACCAACUUCCCUCGGACCUACAUGACCGGCUUCUACGUGCUGCAGGGGCUGCUGGGGUCGCAGGAUCGGGCAGUGCAGGUGCCCAUUAAUAUAUGGGGCGAGGGCCAGGAGAACCUCUAUGAGAACGACCGCUGCGCCCGGGGAGUGAUGCUGUGGGGGCGUGCAUGGAAGGACCUCUCGCGCUCUACACGCAACCCCGAUGGCUCCUUCUCUGACCUAGGCUGGCGCGCUCAAUACCAGCAUGUGAGGGAUUCAAUGCGUUCCUUCUUCAACCUCCCUGAUGGCCGCUUCCCUUGGCUCUGGUCAGUGGACUAUGCGGACUGCAGGCGCCAUCACGGGGACCCGCUUCCCCCAGGGCUCACCCCUACUCUGCUCGACACCUUCCGCUUCCACCUCGCGCAGGACUACAUGCGCACCUUCUCUCAUCAGGAGAUCUGUCGUCUGGCCAUGGGCCCGCUCCUGCACGAGGUGCAUGAGAGCAUGAAGGCAGCCAUUGCUCGUACCGCCACCACCAGCAGUGACAGCAGCCACAGCAGCAGCUUGAUGCCACUCUCAAGUGGUGGUGGUCUAUCCCCAUCAUCCCCACCAGCAGCAGCACCACCUGCAUCAUCACCUCAUCCACGCAUCUUCCUCUAUUCAGGCCAUGAUGCCACCCUCAUGCCCCUCUCAGUUCCAACCCUGCUCGCUCCCUCCUCUCUCCAAUUCCACGUGCUUUCUCCAAAUCUCCUUCCUGCCUCUCUUGUCUCGACAGGCACAUGUGUCAGGAACUUUGAAGAGGUUGGUAUGCCCACGCACACACCCCCUCCUGGGGGCUCCUGGGCCGAUAUGCCUGCCUCCGCUGCUGCUGCCGCUGCUUCUGGUGGUGGUGGUGCUGCUGCUGCUGCUGAUGCUGCUGGUUCUGCUGGUGAUGGUGUGGUGUUGUGUCCCUGGGAUCAAUUCGCGCGCAUUUUAGAGUGGAGUGAAAUCAGCAAGGAGCACUACGAGAGGGAUUGCCAUGUUGCCAAACCCAGGCUCUGA